GGAUUGUUGUGUUAAUCUUGUUGUGUUUUUACUUGGUUAGUUGGUGAAGAAUUACUCUUGCAUUAAGUUUAUACAGGUUUAAGUUUAUUAAUAAGUUCACGUGACUAUUUUCUGGAAAAUGAAAGUGAUGUGUUUCUAUUCUGCUGAAAUCACCUGAGCCGCUGUGUUCUCCUGACGACUGGCCGUGCAGUGUGUGUGUGUGAGGUUGACCAACUGUUUCAAAACUUCUGUUUCACUUUCUGUUUUGUCUCCUCCUCUAUUACUGCCUACUGAAGAGAGAAACUCAGUCUUCUGAUCCUCUCUGAUCUUCUCUAAUCGUUUUUGGAUAAAAAAAAGGACCCGUGUUGCUUUUGUUUGACUGACAAAACACACUUUUAUUAUUUACUAAGCAUCUCCAUGAUGAGUGUAACAUCAUGUCUGUCUAAGGAGCAGGAGCUGAAGCUGUGUUCUCUACUUGGUCAUGUUAAACUCAGUCUGCUGUUCAAGGCCAGCGUGCACGGCUUCACCGCUGACGCCUUCCACAGGAAGUGUGACCGUCAGGGUCCCACUGUUACUGUAGCAUAUAAUUACUCAGGCUACAUCUUCGGAGCGUACACCAGUAAGGAUUACGCUCAGACGGGUCAGAAAAUUGCAGAUGACAAAGCCUUCCUGUUCAGCCUUAAUGAGGGUGAGGUUGAUAAAGAUCCUCUGCGUGUGGUCAGUACCAAGCAUGCCUUCACUGAUGGAAACACUGAGCCCAAUUACGGCUCUUUGAUUUUCCUGCAUAAUAACACCGCCACCGUGUACAGCAAUCCAGGCAUAUAUAAUUUUAUCCCAGUGGAGAUGCACGGCAACGACCUUCAGCUGAGCGAGUGUGAGGUGUACCGCGUGGAGGGGUUUGGAUCACUCAUGGAGAAACCAUGGAGGACCAUCGAGUGGAGUUUGGAUAAGAGGAAGUCUCUGAUGGAUACAAUCUCGCGCUGGACUCCUCAGGCGAGCUCAGUGGAGAAAGCUCGUGUGUUGCUGGUCGGUCCUGUGGGAGCGGGCAAAUCCAGCUUCUUUAACUCCGUUAGCUCUGUGUUUAAGGGCCACGUGAGCUGCAGGGCCAACACGGGCAUCGCUGGCACCAGCCUCACCACACAGUUCCGUGAGUACCAAAUUAAGGCGGGUGAUAAGAUUCUACCGAUCACACUGUGUGACUCUAUGGGACUGGAGGAGGGAGUUAAUGGUGGAAUGGGGAUUGACGACUUCACCAACAUCCUAAAGGGACACAUUCAGGACAGAUACCAGUUUAACCAACCAGUUCCUCCCCAGACAUGUUCCUUCUUCAGUCUUCCUCAAUUCAGGAAAGUUCCCAGUAUGCAGGAGAAGAUCCACGCUGUGCUGUUUGUGAUGGACGCCUGCAAGAUCAAACUGCUGUCUGACAAAAUGAUAGAGAAACUGGCUGCUUUCCGCAAAAAAGCCAAUGACAUGGAAAUCCCACAGAUAGUUCUGCUUACUAAGGUGGAUGAAGCGUGUCGUUUGGUGGGAAAGGAUUUAAAACACAUCUAUCAGAGCCACUACAUUUACAAGACGAUGCAGGAGAUGACUGUACAUCUGGGCGUUUCUCUCUCCGCCGUUAUUCCAGUGAAGAACUACAGUCAAGAACUGGAGCUCGAGCUAAACACUGACAUCGUGCUUCUUAAUGCCGUUAUGCAGGUGAUAAGAACCACAGAGGCAUACUUCGAGAAUGUUUCCUGCUAGGGAGCAGAGAGUAAAAUCUCUCACAAGCAAAAUCUGUUGUAACUGCCAAACUACAUCAUAGUCAUUUCACUAAACCAGCUCCAGACCUCCACCUGAAUGCUGCUGCUGUAAUACUCCUGUAAAGAGAAUUCAUAAAGAAAUAAGGAAAUGCACAGACAGUGAUGGCUUCCUCGACUCUGUACUUAACAUGAAUGACUGAAUAAAAUGGUAUGGAUAUGACAGCUUAACACAUUAUAUCAAUAGUUACAGUAAUAACUGACUAUAAACAUGAGAUUUUAAACAAUUUCCAUCACACUACAAGAAACAUGAAAUUAUGAUCAACAGUCCAUUUAACAAGCAUCCUUCACAUGCUAAACACAGAAAAGGCAUGUCCUUUACAGUUGACACUCAAACCUCACACUUUUUUAAACAGAAAAAGGUUUUCAGAAUGCACACAAAAACUGAGAGAAUAAAGAUUAAAUAGUAAAAUAAAUAGUUUAAUGGUUUAAAUAGUUAAAAUAAAUAGUUAAAAAAUUAAGAUGGGGAAUGUUUGAUGUCAUGUGGGCAUUAUAAGAUUUGUUUUGAAAACUUCUAAAUAAAACGUGUUUAUUAAUAGUAGUAUUAAUAAACACUACAUAAUAGUUUUAUUAUGUAGUUUUUGAACAUUAAUCUGACAAUAACCACCCACUUUUUCUGAUGCACACCCAGAGUCUGUUUUCUUGAUACGCGAGUGUUACAGAUGAUACAAUCUAACGGGUAGAUGUUAAACAAAUGUCAUUUGUUGACGUUUUUCAUUAUUUAUUAAAGAAAAUUAUAAUGUU